CAAAACAAAAACUCGUAUCCUCACUGCUUGAUUGUGGGCUAUGAUUUGACUUUUUGGUCUUCUCUCUUCUCGCUUCAAUUGAACAGAAAGUGCUUAGUUUCUCAGUAUGGCGAACACAGGCUCAAGUGAAUCCACUUAUGAUAGGAAUGCAGAAUUUCAAGCGUUUGAGGAUACAAGAGCUGGAGUAAAAGGUCUAGUAGAUUCUGGGCUGACAAAGAUCCCACGUAUGUUCCAUUCUGAGGAGUUGAACCACACAGAGAGCUCAGAAAAUUACUCAAACCUUACAAUCCCCAUCGUUGACCUCGCGGGCAUACACAACGAUUCAUCUCUACACACUGAAGCUGUUGCGAAAAUUGGAAGUGCGUGCCAGAAUUGGGGAUUUUUCCAGGUGAUUAAUCAUGGGAUUCCAAAUGAUGUUUUUGAUGAGGUGAUUGAUGGAAUUCGAAGGUUUCAUGAACAAGACUCUAAGAUAAGAAAGCAGUUUUACACAAGAGACUUGAACAAGAAAGUUAGGUACUAUUCCAAUGUUCACAUGCACAAAGACAGACCUGCUAACUGGAGGGAUACACUCUUUGUAGCUCCUGAUGCAGCGAAAGCAGAUGAUAUACCAGCAGUGUGUAGGGAGAUUGUAAUUGAAUAUUCAAAGAAAAUAAGGGAAUUGGGUAAUACAAUCUUUGAGUUAAUGUCGGAGGCUCUGGGCCUCAAUCCUUCUUACCUUAAGGAACUGGCUUGUGGGGAAGGGCUUUUUCUUCUCUGUCACUACUUCCCACAGUGCCCAGAACCUGAGUCAACUAUGGGAGUUACCAAGCACACUGAUUCUGAUUUCAUGACAAUCCUUUUGCAAGAUCAGAUUGGUGGUCUUCAAGUUCUUCAUGAGAAUCAGUGGGUUGAUGUUCCUCCUGUGCAUGGAGCUCUUGUUGUUAACAUUGGAGAUCUUCUACAGCUGAUAACAAAUGACAGGUUCAUCAGCGUGUUUCAUAGGGUCUUAGCAAGGCCUAUAGGCCCAAGAAUUUCCAUAGCAAGCUUCUUUAUAAAUCUUGAUGACAUUGCUGAAAAUACAGCAAAGGUUUAUGGUCCAAUUAAGGAAUUAUUAUCGGAAGAAAACCCACCAAUCUACAAGGGCACCACUAUUAAAGAUUUUUGGGCAAAUAAUAUCUCAAGGGGCCUUGAUGGAAACUCUUCUUUAAAAGCCUUCAAAUUAUGAAGCAAGUAUGGAAAAAAAAAAGAGGGAUCUAUCGGUGCACUUUUGAUUCUCAUGGAUUCCUACUUUAGAUCAUAUUGUAUAUUUGUAUAUCAUAUUUCUGAAAUGUAUUCCUUCCUACGUGUACAAAGCAGAAGUUAUCAAUUAUGAGUUGGCAGUUGUGUCCAAAGCUUCAACUAAUUGGCGUCGGUAAGGAUUAAAAUUUUGAUCACUUCAGAGACUUGAGUAUCAUAUUAAAGGUCACUUCCUUGAUAGAAGUCUCGGCUCAUGAUUGGUUUAAUUCAUAUCUGAUAUCUCUAAUAUUUUGUCCAAGGUUAUAAUCAACAUCUCCAGCAAUAUAUAAAUCCAGCACAAUAAAUUUUCCAUGCU